AUGACAGACUCACCCGAGCAUCCGGAUAAUCCUGACCUUCUCAUUAAACCAAAGACGGAGAUGUGUCACUCGAUUCACAUGCAGAAGUGGCUGGGCGGUCUGUACGCCUACAAGGGGUUUCUGCUGCUGUUCGGCGUCUAUAUGGCUUAUGAGACGAGAAACGUCAAGAUAGCCGCACUCAACGAUUCCCAGUAUAUAGGGAUGAGCGUGUAUAACGUCGUCAUCAUCAGCAUCAUCGUCGUAGUCAUAUCGAACAUAGUGAUGAAGGAGCAUACGCUGGUGUACGUGCUGAUAGCGUCACUCAUACUUCUCUCAACCACCGUUACUCUGUGCUUCACGUUUGUGCCAAAGAUACUCACGAUAGUCAAGUGUCCUGACGGCGAUCCCGUGCUCGAAGCAACCGGUCUCAAGAUGGAGAGCAGGACGCGGCGCUUCGCGGGCGAGGACCGCAGAGAGCUGCUCUACCGCGCAGAGGUGCAGAACAGGGUCUACAAGCGAGAACUCACGCAGCUGGACAAAGAGCUGAACCGCCUGCAGCAUCUUCUGGAGCUGCCAAUCGAACCAUAUCAGAGGAUUUCGGAGGAGCUGCUACAUCUGCUGCCGGAGUCGAACGUCGACGCGACGCCGCAGUCCGUGAGGAAGAGCAGGCAGGCGCGCUGUCAGGCGCGUCGGCGGGACACUGCCGACGACAACAGCACGUGUCACAUGUCGCUCGACAUGUCCGAAAUCGACGAGGCGCUCACCGACGUGCCGGACAUCGACUCGUGUCAGGGCAUCCUCGCGCGACAGGCCAAGCGCAAGCUCGACCGCGAGGACUCCGGCAUCCACACGAUGUCGUUCCGCAGCGGCAGCAAUCGCAUUAACCACGAGAGCGACAGCGAGACGUCCGAGUACCUGCUCGCGAUGGCAGCGCCGCAGCUGCCGCCGGCCGCCGACACCGAGGUGCGCACAUAUCGGUUCCGGUCGCCGCGCGCCGACGCCGUCGGCAGGUCGCACGACUACCUCGAGCUGACGUCGGCCGGGCCGCUCGACGAGAUCGACGAGUCGGCCGAGGAUCGUCGGCGCAGCGACGACCACUACCGCGUCGACAACGGCGUCUCGCUCGCCGGGCUGUUCUCGUCGACGAUUCCCACCGCGCCGAACGCGAAGACGACGAAGCUCGACCUUCCGCUGACCUUCGAGAACACGCGUGCGAUACGCGGCGUGCCGCCGCCGCCGACGUCGUCGUCGCGCGGUAAGCCCGCCAAGGGCAGCGCGAUCGCGGCGCUGUGCGCGCGCACGAUACCGGACGAGGUGAAGAAGCAGAGACGCGAGAAGCUGUGCAAAAAUCUCGAUCGCAUCCAGUCGGAGCUGAACAGGCUGGAGGACACGGUGACGUACGUGUGA